AUGACGUCAUCCAUCACGAACUGCCCACCGGCCACGUGCUCCCCCGAGAGGCACGGGACCUGGGCGGACAAGAUGAUGAGACGUGCCGGUGAAAGAGCGAGCGCUGGCGCGUGCCGGCGUGACGACCGAAAACUCUGCUCCGGCUUCGGCACCGGCCAGGACAAGCCAGUUCGCGCGUCGAAGAUGAGGAUAAACGGACAUAGCGCACUCGUUGCCCCCCGCGUCCUGCUGGUCCCCUACAGCGCCCACCAUGUGCCCACCUACCAUGCGUGGAUGCAAGACCCGGCCAUCCGCGAGGCCACGGCGUCGGAGCCGCUCACGCUGGACGAGGAGUACGCCAUGCAGCGCAGCUGGCGUGACGACGCCGACAAGCUGACCUUCAUCGUCUGCAUCGCGCCGCCGUCUCCCACUACUGAGAUCCGUGCCAGGGUCCACGAUGCCCCAGCCGCCAUGAUCGGCGACGUGAACCUCUUCCUCGUCCCGGACGACGACGACGACGACGAGGGAGAUGACGGCCGACCUCUGGCCGUCGUCGGCGAGCUCGAGAUCAUGAUCGCCUCGGCCACCCACCAGAACCGCGGCUACGGCGCCGCCGUCCUGUCCGCUUUCAUGGCCUACAUCCGCCGCCGCAUCGACGGCAUCCUGGCUGAGUACUGCACAUCAUCCACGGCCGGCCCGGGGGGAGCCCGUCUGAGCUACCUCCGCGUCAAGAUCGCCGCCACCAACCAUCCGAGCCUGCGCCUUUUCGAGAGGGCGGGAUUCGUGCGCGUGAGCGAGACGCCCAAUUUCUUUGGUGAGCUGGAGCUGCGGAGGGGUCUGGACGAGACCAAGGGGGACGAGGCCAAGGGGGCCGGAGCCGCCAACCCUGUAGAGCUGGGCUACGAACUUGCUGCCGAGUAG